CGAAGGUGACAAAGAAUUUUCAAGCUCUUUGAAUACUUACUUCAGUACAGAUUCAGACCACAAAUUAUUGCACCCGUUUUUUUCACACCACAUGCAGAAUAUUUUUAUUUUACAACCGAAAACGUGAAUCGCAUAAUAAUGUUUCCUGUGGAAAUUUGGGAAGAAAUACUAAAACAUAUUGACCCCAUCGACCUUGUGAGAUUCCGAAGAGUAUGCAAAUGCUGGUGUGAUAUAAUACAAAAAAUUCUCGAGCAACCGGAUAUUUGGUACGAAAAAUGUCAGAAAGAUGUACCAAGUGGAUUUUGGAGACUCAUUUUAGAGCAAAAAAAUUACUCAAUAGUUAAUUGGCGGAAUUUUCAUGCAGCUAAAUAUCAUCUACAUGUAUGGAAAUCACUAUUUAAAUCAUGGUUAGGUUGGCGAAAUUUGGUUCACCAAUCUUAUGAAAUAGAAAAACUCAAACCCAUACCCAAACAUCGCCCAAUGGAAAGGAUAACAUGCAUGGCUGCAUUGAGUGAUUCGGUAGCAGUCGGUACUUCGGAGGGCUAUGUGACAAUAUUUAACCUGAGGGAAAACAGUACUUCUAAAGUUGAUCGAACGAUAUUUCUCGAGGAUUUAACGUUAUGGAAAAACGGUGUUGACCACCUUAUAGUUUCAACCACUGCAGUCAACAAAGUAGUCAUGCAUUGGAACGUGUAUGAGAAAGUAUCAGAAAUACAGUUGAGAGGAACGUUAAUGAGCGCUGGUUCGCAGUACUGCUAUUCCAUAAUAGGAAAUCAAUUGACCCGUGUAAGCGCGGAAAUAAAGGAUUCAAUCGAGUUGGUAGAGGUUUUAUGGGAUUUGCCUAAAUUAGGCAAAAUAGUCGCGAUGUGUGCUGAUGUGCGUAAGGUGUUCCUCUGGUCCGAUACCAAACAAUAUAUCCAAUUUUACAUUGAGGAAAACUCUGCGUAUUACAAGGUCUCAAAAAGGAACGAUCCACGAAUAGAGGCUCGUUAUUAUCAUUGUUUCAAACCUUGCAUAGUCAGUUGCAUCGGAGUACUCGGUGAAAUUGGCUUUUCAGUUGCUGGAAGACAAUGGAAAAUAUAUCAAGUCUUCAGUAAAUUCCUUGCUAACGUUACAUCCGUACUCUUCCAUAUCGGCGUUCUCGUACUUGGAUUAGAAUCGGGUGAGAUACAUCUUUUUGCCAUUGAAAACAUCUAUGCCUUGGAAAAAUUGAACUUCGAUACUCUCCGAUCGAAGAAAUUAAUUCUAGAUACCAGCCCGAUAAUCUAUUUAAAGGCGAUGGAAAAUGAUUUGAAUCAAUACAUCGUGGCAGCGACAGAUGCACACGUGUACGUUGUGAAAUUUGAUUCAUUGUAA